AGGACCGCGCGUAGGGGGCGCUUCGGGCGCCGCGGGCAAGUCGGCGGCUCUGCACCAGCUCCCGCCUUCGGGGGAUCCAUCAGGAAAUUAAGUCCAGCCCCCCGCAGGCUCUCUGCCCUCUCUCUCGGCCACCUCUCACCACCCUCACCUCUGGCCACCCGGGAGUUUGCAGCGGGAGCGUCUCCCUCAUUCGCAGUCGCCGCGCGUCCGGAGCGCACGGUGGACACGGCCCGGCGUUUCGGGAGCUCGCGGACGCCCGUCUGUCCGUCUCGUCGCGCGUCCCCGGCAUUUCGGGGGAACCCCGAGCGCCAAGCCGAGCCAUGGGAGCCGGGAGCUCCACGGAGCAGCGCAGCCCGGAGGCACCGGAGGCUGCGGGCAGCGCCGAGCCGGCCGAGCCCCAGGCGAUCAGCGGCGACCCGGCGGCCGAGGCGACCCCGGGACAGCCGGCCCUGGACCCCGCCGAGCCGGCCACCAAGCUGCUACAGAAGAAUGGCCAGCUGUCCACGGUCAAUGGCGUCGCUGAGCAGGAGGGGCCCAGCUUGCAGGAGGGAGUGGUGAAUGGCCAGGAGGAAGCAGUUGUCGUCACCGACGUUGGACAGAGAGAGGCGGAGGAUGUGAGCGAGACAGGCUCGGAGAGAGAGAUGGCGAUGAAACCCCCGGUGGCCGACGACCUCGGGAAGGACGGGCCGGAGGAGCUCCCCGAGAUCAUCGACCCGCUCCCCUCUUCCGAGAGCAACCUGGAGGAGCUGGCCCAGGCCCCCGAGGCCCAGAACACCGACGUGGGCUUCAAGAAGGUGUUCAAGUUUGUGGGCCUGAAAUUCACCGUGAAGAAGGAGAAGAGCGAGAAGUCGGACACCGUGCAUCUCCUCACUGUCAAGCCAGAGGAAGGCGAAGGGGCCGGGGACCACCAGGAGGCCGGCAGGGAGGCGGAGGAAGCAUCAUCCCCCAAGGAGAGCGAACUGAAACAAUCCACAGAAUUCCCCCAAGAGGCCCAGAGAGAAGACGGGCAGAACACCCCGCAGCCGGCGCCCCACUCCGACUCCGCCCCUGCGGCAGCAGCGGUGACAGCCGAUGCCGGCCCAGAAAAGCAAGAUCCAGAGUCCAGCCAGUCCCCCGAGCCGCCCACCAGCCCGCCGCCCAGCGACUCCGCCUCGCCCUUCAAGAAGUUCUUCACGCAGGGCUGGGCUGGCUGGAGGAAGAAGACCAGUUUCCGGAAGACCAAGGAGGAGCAGCUAGAAACUUCAGAGAAGAGAAAGGAGCCGGAGAAGGAGAAGGGAGAGGCGGAGGAGAAGGAGAAGGAGAAGGAGAAGGCGCAGGCGCAGGGAGAUCUCCCGGCCGAGCCCCCUUGCCCCCCGCAGGGGACCCCCGAAGCGCGAUUGUCUGCCGAGUAUGAGAAGGUGGAGCUGCCCCUGGAAAGCGAGGCCCCGGGCUCCCCGGGAGAGAGGGCGGCCCCGCUGGCCACCGAAGUGUUCGACGAGAAGGUGGAGAUCGUGGCCCAGGUCCACGUGAGCACGUCGCAGGCGGAGCUGGUGGACGCCCAGCCCGAGCCCCCGGCGCCGGACAGACCUGUGGAAAGCCAGGAGGAGCCCCAGGAGGUCCCCAAGGGGCCGGGGACACCCCCAGAGCCCCGGGCCACGGAGGCAGACACCCUCCCCAAGCCCACAGAGCUCAGCCCCGACGAUGGCAAGACCCCGGCUGUGGCCGCGCCCCCCGAAAGCGUCGUGAGCGAGGUGGAUGCGCUGGUCUCGCAGGAGGCCAGCAAGGCGCAGGGCAGCCCCCUGAAGAAGCUCUUCACUAGCUCGGGCUUAAAGAAGCUGUCGGGGAAGAAGCAGAAGGGCAAGAGGGGCGGCGCGGAGGAGGAGGCCGGGGAGCCGCUGGCGGCCGCCGCGCCCGAGUCCCCCGAGGAGCCCAAGGGCGAGAGCUCAGCGUCGUCCCCCGAGGACCCCGAAGGCCCCGCGGGGGACCUGGCGGUGGCCACGGGAGAGGCCGAGGAAGGAGCCACCUCAGACGGCGAGAAGAGGCGCGAGGGCGUGACGCCCUGGGCGUCCUUCAAGAAGAUGGUGACGCCCAAGAAGCGCGUCCGGAGGCCCUCGGAGAGUGACCGGGAGGAGGACGGGCCGGCGGCAGCGGAGAAGGUCAAGAGCGCCACGCUGUCGUCCACGGAGAGCGCCGCGUCUGAGCCGCCGCCCCCCGAGGAGGAGCCCCGGCGCAAGGUGGACACGUCGGUGUCCUGGGAGGCCCUCAUCUGCGUGGGCUCGUCCAAGAAGAGAGCCCGGAAGGCCUCCUCUUCCGACGACGAGGGCGCGCCCAAAGCCCCCGCCGGAGAGGGCGCGCGGCCCGAGGAAGCGGCCCGAGAGGACCCGGAGCCCGGGGACGCGCCGGCCCCCGCCGCUGGUCCAGUCCCCGAGCGGGCAGCCGCCGCGGCCACCACCGCCGCCACCAGCAGCAGCAGCACCGGCCCUGGCAGCGCGUCCCCGGAGCAGGCCAGCAGCCCGACCGAGGGCGACGGCGUGUCCACCUGGGAGUCCUUCAAACGGUUGGUGACCACGCGGAAGAAGUCCAGGACGAAACUGGAGGAGAAGAGCGAAGACGCGGCGGCCGCGGGGCCGGAGCGCACGGGCUCGGAGCCGGAGGCGGCCAGGGAGGAGUCGUGGGUGUCCAUCAGGAAGCUCAUCCCGGGCCGCAGGAAGAAGAGGCCGGACGGGAAGGCCGAGGCGGCCGCUGGCCCCACCGACGCCGCGGACGAUGACCCCGACGUGCCCGCCGUGGUCCCCCUCUCCGAGUACGACGCGGUGGAGAGGGAGAAGCUGGAGGCGCAGCGGCAGGAGGCAGCCCCCGGGACCCCCGCGGCCGUGCACGUGCCCCAGGAGCUCAGCGAGACGCUGGUGCACACGGUGGUCGUGGACGUGGUGGACGGGGCGCGGGCCGUGGAGGAGCGGUCCCCGUCCUGGAUCUCCGCCGCGGUGUCCGGCCCGCGGGACCCCACGGAGGGGGACGACGCGCGGGUCCAGGUCCGAGAGCUGCUGGCCGGCGAGAUGCCCGCCGAGGACGUCUCACUGCCCGGCAGCGGCGGCCAGGACAGCAGCGAGGCCGCUGUGACCAGCGAGGCCGCGGUGACCAGCGAGGCGGAGGGCGUCUCCGAGGCCGUGACGGCGCCCGAGAGUGCGGGGGCCUUCGGCGCCGAGGAGGCCACGGAAGUGUCCGGCGCCGAAGAGACCGCCGAGAUGGUCUCCGCCGUGUCCCAGCUCGGCGACUCCCGCGACACCACCGAGGAGGCCACCCCGGUCCAGGAGCCCGAGGGCGGCCUCCCCGACCCGGACGAGCUGGAGCGGCGCACGCACGAGGUCCUGCAGGCGGUGGUGGCCGCGGUGGGCCAGGCCGGGCGCGAGGAGGAGGCGUCGGCGACGGCGGUGCAGGACCCGACGGAACCCGAGGCCGAGGCGCCCGAGCAGGCGCAGGAGAGCGGGGCGCCCCCGGAGUCCCCGGGGAUGUCCCCCCACGCCGACGACAACGGCCCAGAUGGGGCCAGAGCCGAGAAGCCGCUGGAGCAGGCUCCCGACUCCGCCGACACCCUCACGGACAGCGAGACCAACAGCAGCACGCCCGUGGCGGAGGUGGACGGUCUGGGGGCACUCGACAAGCCUGCGACCCCCCGGGAGCCGCCUCCGGCCCCUCCCUGCACUCAGCUCCAGGAAGGAGUUCCGGAACAUUCCACGGCCGUGGAGAGUGAGGGCUCCGUGGAGGCCGCCGCCCCUGGCCAGCAUGUGGAGGCGGCCGCCGGGGGCCUUCCCCGGGAGGCCGGACCCCUCAGGGAGGAGGAGGAGGAAAAGAAGGAGGAUGAGGACGAGCAUGAGGACGAGCCCCCCAGGCCCGGGGAGCCAGGGCCGGAGCCCGCCGAGACAGGAGCAGCCGUGGAGGGAGGCAGGGAGGAAACGGAGGCCCAGCAGCCCGCGCCGAGCCCGCCUCCUCCCCUGGACCAGGAACUCCAGCAUCAGGAGGCGGUGGCGGCGGCAAGCCCGGUGCCCAGCCCGGAGGCGGCGUUGGUGCUGGUGGCCGCCGCCGUGGAGGAGCAGGUCUUACAAGGAGCCAUGAAGAUUCUAGAAUCCGAGGAAGAAGAGGCCAGCCCGGAGGUGCAGGCAGAGUCCGUGUCUGUGCGCGAGUCUCCAGCCGACCCGACUGUGGUCAGCAGCGGCGCCGCGGACGGAGACCCAGGCGCGGCGCAGGCCCAACAGGUACCGGCAGGCCCGCAGGGGGCUCCGGCCCCACAGCUGGUGGAGAGCGUCCAGCCAGACGCAGCCCCCAGCGCCCAGGCCCAGCCCGCCCCCGCCGACGGGCAGGCGGCCGUCGAGAAAGAAGAAGUGACCCCACCAGCUUCUGGCCCUGAAGAGGCGCCUCGGGCCAGCGCACCCCCCAGAGAAGGGGCCCCCGGGGAGCAGGCGCACCCGGGUAUCUCCCCAGACGGCAGCGAGGCUGCGGAGGGAGGCCUGGCCUCCCCGACUCCCGGAGGCCCGCCCCUCCCGGCCCCGGGGAAGAAGGCCGCGGCCGGAACCACGGCGGGGAUGGAAGGCGAAGGGCCGCAGCAGAGCGGGGGCCCCGAGACCCCGGGAGCGCCCCCCGGAGCGUCCCCCGAUACCAGUGAACUGACGCUGCAAGAGAAGGAGGAGGGAAAGGUGGAGGGGCGCCCGGAAGGCAUCGCGCCGAGAGAAUCCGGGGACGGGCAGCAGACGCACACGCAGGAGACCCCCCAGAAGCAGGGGCAGGACCCCACCAGAGCGGAGCUUGCGGAUUCCUAGAGCGCCAGGUCACCGUCCGCCGCAGGACCAGAAUGUGAACGAGAGGAGCAGCAGGACCCCCUGCAGACCUGAGACCCCCCCACCACCCCCAUUGCCCCCUCCCAGAACUCGGGGCUCCGAGAAGGGGUGACGGCCGUCGUGUGUCGCCGAAGCCCCGACAAUCCUGAGGCUUCUUCAGGAGCUCUAUAGCCUUGUACCGCGGCCCCCUGGCAAGACCAACCGUGUUCUCCUCCCCGUGCAUACAGCGUUUCUGAUUUCAGGCUCUGAGUCCAUCCCUGGGAACUGGAGUUGGCAAUAACCUAGCUCAGCUUCUCAAACUGGAUGAUCGUCUCUUUGUAUUUAUAUGUAUGUUUUCAGUCCUCCUCCUCCGCCUGUAUCUAUUGUAUAUUUUAUUUUUCUUACUAGGGAAGUGCAUUUCUGGGGUGGAUAUCUCUCCCCCCUCCCCCCCAGUGUAGGACGGGGCACGGAACCAUGGUGAAGCGCAGGGAAGAUUCCAUCACUGUGCCCAGCAGAAUCAGCACCCAGGAAAUGACCGUGCACAUCAGAAGAGCACUGUCUUCCGUUCACGUUCCCUGACGAGUAGAUCUGAGUUUACUUCGCGUUACUCUGAAGUCCAUCACAUUCCUCUCAUGCAAUGUGCGCAGAAUAAAAAGCUUUCUUUCUUUUUUUUUUUUUUUUUGGAAACCCUACAGAAUGUUCUGAUAGUUACUGUGAAAUGUUUUCUUUCCAGCGCAGUGGAUGGUGGUUUUUUUAGUAGCCAUUAACUUCAGUCUUUCCUCCUGGUUGUCGAGGCUGUUUGGACAGGUGGAGGUGUUCCCUGCAAGUAUUGUUUCGUGUUAUGAAAGAGAAGGACGGCUCCGGUUUUUAAUUCUCUUCCAUGCGGGGCCACAGGCAUUCACGCUUCCCAGGAAAGGAGUCAGGUUCUUGUCAGAGGGUGUUUGGUAGACGCUGCAUCUUGACUUUGCCACAUUUAUUAUGCUCACUCUUUUUUAGAACAAUAUUGCAUUAUGUCGGGUUGGAUACUUUGUGAUUUGACCACUGAUUUAAAUAAAAUCUUUGCUUCACUUAGAUUUGCUGGUUUUAUUAGCGAUUAGGAAGCCUCUUGGGCCAUGUUGACUGUGUUCCAAAAGCAGGUCACGUAGAACUUUCUGAUGCAGUGACCACUUUAUAGGGGUUGGUGCCGGGGAAAGAGGGGGCGUUGGCUCCGCCGAGGGCGCUCCCGAAAUAAACCAGCUUCUGUUGGGUGAGCGAGACUGGUGCGGUGCUGCCCCCUGGUGGCGCAUUUCUGAAAAGGUCCGUUUUCUGCGUUGCUUUUGGUUUUUAAGCCGUUUUGCCUUUGGAAAGAAAUUUUUUUAAGAAGGCUUAGUUGUAAAAUGCCUUGCUUGACAGAUGCUUUUGGGAAAGUUUUCUAUGUCAAGAUGAUUUCAGGUUUAUGCUGAUAUACAAAGGAGUUUGUCAGAAUAGGCGCCUCUACCUAUCUGUAGUGAAAGACUCUCUUUUUUUGGACUCAAAAAAAAAAAACUUGCCUGCCAUCUCUGCUUCUGCAGUUUUUACUUAAAUUAGAUCCUCCUGUUCAGGGAUUUAAACUGGGACGGCCAGGCGAUUGUGAAGCCCCAGUUGGACCCCCAGAUCCCACUGUAAUAGUCACGCCAACCGGUCAUUUUAACACCAGACCUUCCCAGGUAACUACUCUUAGCCAAAAGACAAUUUUCUGUUCAAACUGGAAAGUUGCUUCUCUCAGGCCAAUUAGCCUGAUGCCACCCUCCUCUCCCCCCGCCAAAAAAAAAAAAAGGCCAUCGUAGGAAAAGACCUCAUUUUAACAGGUUCCUCAGUUCACCUUACCUGGCCUGGCUUACGUUGAUUUCUUCCUGUGUUCCCCUCGCCCCAUCUUACCAAUUUGCCCUCUCUGUCUUGUGCCAUGGCCCCCAAUUUUUUGCCUAUGAUCCCUUGGGAUAUCUGGGGUCCAUAUGACCCCCUCCGUUGGAAUUAGAAUCUAGCCUUUUAAGUUAUUUCCAAGCCAACAUAAUAACCAAUUCUGCUUAAUUAUUAAACUUUUAAAAAUCCCCCAACUUGAAAAAAAAAAGAGAGAGAAAAAGCGGCCUCACUGAAAUCCCUUUCUUUGGCCAUCGGGAGAAUGAAAAGCCAACGUGCUGUUGGAUAUUUGAAGGAUGAGAACACAGUGGCCGUGACUGGGACCGGUUCUGACCGUCGCAAAUACCAGCCCGUUUCCUCUCGGGCCCGUUUUUGAACAGCUGGAAGAUCUGGCCCGGGUGUGGCAGACCCAUUUCCUGCUUUCACGUUAUUCUGCAUUUGCAUGUGCAGUCCACCUGUCCUCGUGUGGCCGGCCUUUCGGUCUGGCUGCUGGGUGACCCCUCUGGAUGAAUCAGACCCCUUCGGUCCCCGUGUUCCCUGCAGCCACAGGUUAGUAGCAAGAGAAUGCUAUCCACAGUAGCGGGAAAUCCAGUUCCGUAUUGUUAAUUCUAAACAGCUGCUGUUAAUUUAUGACGUAGUAAGUUGUCCACUGUAAACUGCUGAAGUUGGAGCAAGUGCCUACAUUUUUGCUAUUUUUUGGCCUUCCUACAGAGCCACGUGACAAUAGAAAAUAAUGCAAGACUUGUAAACUCACCACUUCUGGUAAUCCGGGGAAGAGAAACUGUUCCCCCUCAGGUUGUUUUGCUAACCGCCCACGAGUUGCCUGUCUCUGUACACCUGAUAAUUUCCAUCCCGAUAUUUUCCUUGGAUGUAUGGAGCGACCGCCAAGGGCUGGACAUUUGGGCUUUCCCUGUAAGCUUCAAGUACCGUUGUUUCUUUUUAUCUGGGACAGUAUUUGAUUCCUAGUUCUGUUUGGGGGCGGGGAGGGGCAAAUUUUCACUUACCUAAAUAAAAUGCAAUCUAAUUUCACUUUAA